AGAACAUAUCUCUGUCUCUCUCUUUAAUCUUUCGCCACCCACCCACUUACUAUUUCCUUUUUCUCUCUCAAAAACAAAACAAAACCAAACCAAACCUAUAACCACAAACCCUUGUUUCACUUUCUCUUCUCUGUUUAUUUUCCUGGAAAAUGAAAAUGGAGGCUUUGGACCCAAGUGCUGCUGCAUGUUUUAUGGUGGAUGUAGAUGAUGACCUUCUCAACUUCUCUUUGGAAGAUGAAACAGUUUUACAAGAUGAUGAUGAAAAAACAACAAAUUCCAUUACCAAAUACAAACACCCUUUCUCUUCUUCUUCUUCUUCUUUUUCCUCAAACCCUGUUCUUAGCCUUCUUCCCUCCCAACAACACCCUGUAAGUCUUAAUACAAAUUUCAUUUCACUGUUUUUUUUUCCUUUUCUCUUCUCUUUUGGCCUUGAAAAGGGCUCUGGGUUCCGAGUUUUGGCUUGACUCGGUGUAACCCGGGGGUGUUCUUUGGCCAGAAACGUUGUGACUCGUUUUUUGGUGAGUCGACUCGGACGAGUUGACAUAUGCAUUUGCUGUGUGUUACGUGUUUAAAACCUAUUGGCUCGACUAAUUCGAAUACGUAUUGGGAAUGUGUUGAGGAAGAAUUGGAAUGGCUGUCAAACAAAGAUGCAUUUCCAGCAGUGGAGUUUGGCAUACUUGCCGAUAACCCAAGUAUUGUAUUUGAUCACCAUAGCCCGGUUUCAGUGCUGGAGAAUAGUAGCAGCACCUGCAACAGCAGUGGCAAUGGCAGCGCUAAUGCAAACGCGUAUAUGAGCUGCUGUGCCAGCUUAAAAGUCCCAGUUAAUUACCCCGUUCGUGCACGGAGCAAGAGAAGGCGUAGACGACGAAGAGGCAGCUUUGCUGACUUGCCAAGCGAGCAUUGUAUGUUGGUGAACAAACCGAGUUUCAAGAUCGUUAAGCAACGUGAACCAUUGCUUUCGUUACCGAUGAAUUCAGCUAAAAGUGCUUGUAUCGGGAGGAGGUGCCAACACUGUGGAGCUGAUAAGACCCCACAAUGGCGGGCAGGUCCCCUGGGGCCGAAAACACUGUGUAAUGCUUGUGGGGUCCGCUAUAAGUCAGGCAGGUUGUUGCCAGAGUAUCGCCCGGCAAACAGCCCUACUUUCUCGCCGACUGUGCAUUCCAAUUCUCACCGGAAGGUUUUGGAGAUGAGAAAGCAGAAGAUAGGAGUGGGAGGAAUGAUGAUUCAUGAAGCUUGUGGAUAUAGUGUAGGAUAGGAUUGAGUCGUCGUCUACAGCAUCUUUUUGGCCAUUUUUCUUCUUUUACCAUAGUUAGCAUAGACUCUAGGUUUGUUUGUAAUGGUCUAGAUUGUUAGUGAACCAAUAUUUGUUUUGGUUUUCCAUCAAAAUCCACUAGGAAUUUUGAACUUAGUGUGUUUGAUUAUGCUUUUAGACAGAAUCCAGAAAGAAGAGUUCUUGACAAAGAUGUCAGUUUUUUAAUUCUACCUACUUACCUUUUCA